GCAAGACCUCUCCGCGCACCCGAUUGCCUCUCUCGAUCCUCUCCAGACCCUCGGGGACUCUAGGUCUCUCACCGCUCCGUCUGCGCCCAUCUGUGGGCCUCUCCGUCUCUGUGUCAGUCUCUGUCUCUCUGUUUAUCUCUGCUCUCUGUGUGUCUCUUUCUCGGGCUCACUGCUGUCUCCGUCCGUCAGGCCGUCAGGCCGUCUGGGGGCCCGGGGUGGCGGCUGGCCGCGCGCGGGUCGCGAUGAGCGGCGCCUGCACGAGCUACGUGAGCGCGGAGCAGGAGUUGGUGCGUGGCUUCAGCUGCCCGCGACCGGGGGGCGACGCGGCCGCCGUCUUCUGCUGCGGCUUCCGCGACCACAAGUACUGCUGCGACGACCCGCACAGCUUCUUCCCCUACGAGCACAGCUACAUGUGGUGGCUCAGCAUUGGUGCUCUUGUGGGCCUGUCCAUAGCAGCAGUGGUCCUCCUGGCCUUCAUUGUCACUGCCUCUGUGCUUUGUUACCUGUUCAUCAGCUCAAAACCCCACACAAAGUUGGACCCAGGCUUAAACUUACAGACUACAGACCCUGAUGAGGUACCCCCUGAUUGCCAAGGUGGAAACAUGGGCAACUUGGUGGAGGUGCCAGGAGUGAGCCCUCUCAGGCAGAGUCACCCCUUCCUGAACUCAUGGCUGGACUGCAAUGAGGAGCAGGCUAAGGAUCCCAAACUCCCCCUCCAGCACUGCUUCAUGGCUACAGUGACCGCCGGUGACCUUCCAGGGAGCCCUGAGGAGGCUCCUGUCCCCAAUCCAUUAUACCCAGCCCCAUAAACAUCCAAUAAAUGUCUAUACACCAUC